AUGACUUGAGGCUCGUGUCACGUGAGGUGUCGCUUCUGAAACAUGGCUCAGAACAAAAACACCGACUCUGGUCCGUCCGUUCACACACAUCUGUAAACAACGGACGAUGGAGUGCGUGCACGUCGCCCCGCAACCGGUCCCACUUUCACGAAGUUAAUGUGGAAGACGCUGCGUGGAUCAUGCGUGGACCUGGGGUGCACCGUUAGCUAAACGCUAACUAGUGGUGAGAGUGAUUUCCCCAGAGGGGCAGGUCAAGGAGGAGAUUAGCCCUGCACUGGAUGACUUUCACUUCCGUUCCAUCUCCAUGGGUGUCUGAAAAUUAGCCUCAGUGGGAGACGCCAAGGUGAACAAAGCGUAGAAAAGUGUGCAACUCGGAUCAAGCCCUUGGAGACUCACGAUGGAUUGGCUGAUGCAUUCAGUUGAGAAAGACUUGGGGGUUGAUCGCCGGCAGCAAGGCCCGGGGCCCCGUCCACAUGAGCUCGUAGCCCUUGUUCCCGUGCGCUGGGUGAUGGGUCUGAGGGAGAAGAAGAUCAUUCGCUGCGCCCGCUAUGAUAGCAUCACUGAGGCAGAAAUUUGCACAUACCUUCAGUCUGCUCAGGCAAAGCUGCCCCCCGGAUGGACUCGAGUGUGCAUUCAGGGUUUGAGGAAAAGCAAGCUGAGCUACAGAUUGGCCAGAGACCCAUGCCAUCAACAAAUGGAAUUCCUGUCUCAUGACUCCUAUGUCACAACCAUGCAGUGUGUGUCACAGCACAAUGUCAGGAAUUUAUGGCAUGAAGCUCAUCAUAAAUUUGUGCGGACAUAUGCAGGAGCCAGCGAGCAAAUGCAUGUUGCAGCCGUGGAUGCAGUGCGCCAUGCACUACAGAAGCUCUUCAAUUCCACAUUUAUCUCAUCUGACAGAGUGUCGCCAUCCCUUUCUCCAGCCAGAGAGAAGGAGAAAGAAAACUCUUUUCCAUCUAGUUCAUCUUGCUUUUCCAAGUCUCAGUCAGACCAUGCGUGUCCCAAUGUUUUGUCAGCAGAAUGUCUGCUGGAGACAGCAGAAAUGCUAUAUGUGAUUCUACCUUACACUCAGUAUUCGCUCCAUGAUAUUGUCUCCUUCAGCCCCGCCAAGCUUGCUAACAGCCAGGCCAAAGUGUUGUUCAUUCUCUACCAGUUACUAAAAGCUCUGGAGGCCUGUCAUGCAGCAGGUCUGUCUUGUGGAGAGCUGUCUCUUCAGGACAUAGCAGUAGACGAGCAGCUCUGUAGCCGUCUCAGGCUCAACCUGACCCAUUAUGAAGAGCUGGGUGCAGAAGGGGAGGCAGACAGUGAUGUCACGGGCAGACAAGAGCCAAAAAGUUCAAACGUGAGCCAAGAGAACAAGAGACUUUGCAAAGACUGCUUUGAUGAGCUGAAGAGACUGGUCCUGGACUGGGUCCAUGGACGAGUGAGCAACUUUCGCUAUUUGAUGGAACUGAACAGGUUAGCUGGACGGCGAGAAGGAGACCCUAAUUAUCACCCAGUUCUGCCUUGGGUGGUGGAUUUCACUGUGCCAUUUGGGAAAUUUCGAGACCUCAGGAGGUCAAAGUUCAGGCUCAAUAAGGGAGAUAAGCAGCUGGACUUUACGUAUGAGAUGACCAAAGAGGCUUUGGCAGCUGCAGUGGGUAAUGGGGUUGGUGGAGGCGGCGUAGGUGGAGACCUUGGCGGCUUUGGAAGUGCUGGAAGUGGUGGACAGCCUGACCACCUCCACGUACCUCAUCACAUAUCCGAUGUGCUAUCAGACAUUACCUAUUAUGUCUACAAAGCCCGGCAGACUCCCAAGUCAGUGCUGUGCAGCCAUGUGAGAUCCCAGUGGGAACCCAAUGAGUAUCCGGCCAGUAUGGAGCGCAUGCAGAGCUGGACCCCUGAUGAAUGCAUUCCAGAGUUCUACACAGAUCCUUCCAUUUUCCGAUCAAUCCACCCUGACAUGCCUGACCUCGAUGUGCCUUCCUGGUGUAAAUCCUGUGAAGAGUUUAUUGAGGUUCAUCGGCGCCUUCUGGAGAGCAGAGAGGUGUCCCAGUAUUUGCAUCAUUGGAUAGAUCUCACAUUUGGCUAUAAGCUGUCGGGUAAAGAGGCUGUCAAGGCCAAGAAUGUGUGCCUGCACCUUGUGGACAACCACACCAAUCUCACUACAUAUGGUGUAGUUCAGUUGUUUGACCAACCCCACCCACCCCGCUUAUCUCCCUCCCUGUAUGCCCCAGCAGAACCUCCUUUCCUUGGCCUUGCUGCUCUAAAUGUGCCUUCUCUACACAUCCCUCCGAUGAACACUGUCGCUGACACUGUGGAUGGAAUGGUGCCAGAGUCCACUGGAUGUGAGUCCAGUAGCUGGACCAUGGUGGACAGAGACGAAGAGCUUGAACAAGGCACAGAAGCUCUGGACUCAUUAGCAUCCACUGGCUCAACCAGCUCUGCACCUUGCCCUGUCCCGCUGACAAGUAUCAGUGCAGUAGGAGGAGAGCAUUCUGCACUUAUUGCAUCUCAGUCUCCGAGUUCAUUCCCCGGGGAUUUUGGUGUAGGUCCUGGUUUCCGAAGUGCCAUGUUACAAAGAACUGGGUCAACGAACAAAAAACAUGGGGAAGGGAGUGUGACGGUCAGUAGCACAGAGGAAGUUAAGAUUAAUCUCCCUGAAGGCUUCAACCCAUUGCAGCCUUUGGAAGAGCUGGAGAAAUUGAACAACUUCCUGGUGAAGAGUCUUCAAGCUGAAGUUUUGCAUCCUGCAGCGUCUAGUGACUGUAUGAGAGAGGGCCUGAUAACUGAAUCUAUACCAUCUCUUACGCAGCUCUACCAAAGAGACAUGCAGGCCCUUGGAGUUCUCAUUGCUGAGAUAUUCUGCUCCCCUAAACUGAGAGGAGUGAAACCAGGCGCCCCCCUCAGACGGCGUUUCCAAGCGGUUAUGAAGCUAUGCUCUGCCAACCUCCGUGAUGUGCCACUGUGUUUGCAUCAUGCUCUCGAGACACUGUUGCUAAUAGAGAAUCCAUCUGAAGAAGCAAAAUCACAAGAUUGCCCAAAACCACUCCUUUUCAAAUAUAAGCCCAUCUUUGAUGGCCUCCCGCCUCCAAACCCCAACCAAUUAUUGAACUCCAUCAUAACCCCGUUUCCCUUCCCUUCCUAUUUUGCAGCACUUCAUCGUUUUAUCUUUUUGUACCAUGCUAAGAUGGGCUCUCUGUGCAGUCUUCAAGGAAGAGAUGUGGUCUUUCACCUGUGGCAGCAGCUUGAGGCACUGUUGCGAAAUAAUAUCACAGCGGAGGGUCUUGAGAUUCUCUUGCCCUUCAUUCUGGCCCUCAUGCUCGAGGAAUCCACGGCUGUAUAUGCAGCCUGGUACCUUUUUGAGCCCAUCUCCAGAGUACUGGGUCCCAGAAAUGCAAUCAAAUACUUACUGAAGCCACUGGUGAGUGUUUAUGAAAACCCCCACUUCCUCCGAGGACGUUUCUAUCUCUACACCGACUGUUUCAUUCUGCAACUCGUUGUGAGGCUCGGCCUGCAGGCGUUUCUGUCCAGCCUACUCCCCCACGUGCUGCAGGUGCUCACUGGCUUUGAAAGCAGCAUCUCGGGCUCUAGUGGACAGGCUUGUAAAGGGCUGAGGACUGGCAUGUGUAAUCUAGCAGAGGAGGAGGAAGAGGACUUUCAGUGUGGCGAAGUGCGACCACCGUCUGGUUCUGUUGGCAGCAACAUGGGUGGUGGCAGUGGGGCCAGUGGUGGAGUUGGCGGAGUGGCAGACGCCGGGCUGGUUGACUACUCAUCUGGCAUCAGUCUCAAUGACCAAGUGUUUCUCUCAGAGACGGAGGACUUCCAGAAUGGCUUCUAUGUCAACAGUGGAGCAGGGGCCACUGCUGGGAAACAGCCAAGCCAGAACUCUGCCGCCAAGGAUCAAGACCAGGAGUCGCUAAGUGUGGGGAAACUAAGCGACAAAAGCAGCACGAGUGAACUCUCUCUGGGAGAUGACUCGAUGCGCGAUCGGGCCAGUCUAAAAUCGGCUGACAGCAGCCAGGACCUCAAACAUGCCAGUGAGGGAGAGGAGGGGGGAGAGUUGGAAGAAGAAGAGGUGACUGAGACUGAGGGUAAAGAGGGGACAGAUGAAUCAGCCGUCCACAACCUUGAGCUCACUCUCUCUGGUUGCACUGAAGAUUCUGGGACCACGGUCGCCACUUUAGAGGGCGAAUGUAUAAAUGGAAUGACACUGGAAGAGACGGAGAAAGGGGAAGGUCGGGAGGAGGAGGAUGAUGACGAAGAUCCAUCUGGAGAGUCUGAAGAGAAGGAGCAGAAGAUUCUUCUAGAUACUGUCUGCAAAACAGUUCGAUGGCUAUCAGCCAAACUUGGACCAACAGUGACGUCUCGAUACAUAGCCAGGAAUUUGCUGCGUUUGCUCACAAAUUGUUACAUUGGACCUGAAAACCAUCAGUUUGUGGCACCUGCAUCUGAUGAGAGCAGUCUGGAGAGCGUAGCGAUGGGUAACGUGUAUGAGAAGAAACCGGUGGUGGGUGACCACACAGCAGGACCUGUGUUGGACUGUCUCAUCUACAUAGCUCAGCUUUAUGGAGAGCCUGUGCUCACCUACCAGUACUUGCCUUAUAUAGGAUAUCUGGUGUCUCCACCGUCUUCACAGCGUCUUAACACACGUAAGGAAGCAAGUUUGCUCGGAGCUGUGGCGCUUACGCAGAAGAUCAUCGUUUUUCUCUCUGAUACCACUCUAAUGGACAUGCUCAUGAAGAUUAAUCAGGAUGUGCUUCUGCCACUAUUGGACCUGCUUACUACCCCCCGUAUGGGGUUCCCUAGUGGGGUGCAAACGCGCAUUGCGGUUUGUCUCAAGACAGUCAGCCUAAUGGCUCUCAUCUGUCUGCGCAUCGGGAGGGAGAUGGUGCAACAGCACAUGGCUGACACUCUGUGUCGGUUCUUUGCCGUCUUCUCUCUGUUGCAUUCUCUGCAGCCCCAGCUGGAGAACGCCCCUCGCAGAGUUGUGGGAGACGUCACGGUAGUGGAUGUCUGUACACCUCAGGAGUCAAACGUAACAUAUGAGGUGGGGGUCUUAGAAGAGCUACAGACUGUAUUCAACGCUGAGAUGGCCCACGCCUCCUACAUCCCUUUCUGCUGCCUGAUAGGUGACGCAGCAAUUCGGAAACUGGUUCCUAACCAUGAGCUGGUGUGGCAGUUGGUCCUGUCCUACCAGAAGAGUUUGAGUCAGGGGAGUACAGAGGCGAAUCUCCCCGCAGCAUCCAGAGUUGAGCCUCCUCCAUCCUCUGACUUUGGCAGACAUGUGGGUGGUAGCCCCUUCCCUGCACCCUCAUCCAGCUCCACCCCACUGGAAGAAUCCCUCCCAGAGUCGGGCACAUUCGGGAGCCAUCUGGUAGGAAACCGGAUCCAAGUGUCCCGAGAAACCGACUACGGUGGCAGCCCCAACCUUGGUUUGUCCAGCUCCUGGGGGCGCUCCAGCCGCGCUGCCCCCGUCAUCACCACUGCCUCCACGUUUUCCACUUCAUCCUUUGGCACAACGUCUGUCUCUUCCUCGUGGGUGACAGGCCCCUCCACGGAGGACAGCGCCCUGAAGCAAGAGCUCCCUCGAAGCAGCCGCUCCCUUCAGGGCAACUGGCUGGCCUACUGGCAGUACGAGAUCGGUCUCAACCAACAGGAUCCGCAUUUCCACUUCCACCAAAUCAGACUGCAGAGUUUCUUGGGCCACUCGGGCACCAUAAAGUGUUUGGCUCCGUUGGCCGGGGAGGACUGCUUCCUUUCCGGUAGUAAAGACAAGACCGUGAAACUCUGGCCUCUGUAUAACCACGGCGACGGGACACAAGAGAUGGAGCCGCACCUCUCGUAUAACGAACAUCGGAAGUCAGUCUUCUAUGUUGGACAGCUAGAGGCUUCACAGGAGGUAGUGAGCUGUGAUGGUACUGUUCACCUGUGGGACCAGUACACAGGCAAGUGCAUCCGCUCGUAUGAAGCCGUGGAUGGAAAGAAUCCAAUUACAGCUGUCACCACGAUGCCAGCUCCACAGUGUAGCGUUGUGUUUGGCAGCGCAGAUUCUGUCCUCCGCUUCAUUGAUCCUCGAAAACCCGGACUGCAGCAUGAAUUUCGCCUGGCACACAGCAGUAUGAGCGCUGGACUCAUCCGCUACCUGGCAGUGAGCCCUUCAGGACGCACAGUGGCUGCAGGUUUCUCAUCCGGCUGCAUCGUUAUGCUAGAUGCUCGCACGGGACUGAUACUCAAAGGCUGGCCAGCUCAUGAAGGAGAUAUCCUCCAAAUGAAGGCCGCAGAGGGAAACCUGGUCAUCAGCUCCUCCAGUGACUACACUCUGACCGUGUGGAAAGAUCUCGAACACAAGCCUCUUCGCCAGUACCGGUCGCAGUCGGACCCCAUCCACGCCUUCGACCUUUACGGCUCGGAGAUCGUGACCGGAACGGUGGCCAACAAGAUCGGGGUGUACUCCAUGGCCGACAUCUCCGUGAGCCCCGUCAGCAGCACCAAGCUGAGCUCGGAGAACUUCCGCGGCACUCUGACCAGCCUGGCGGUCCUGCCCACCAAGAGGCUCCUGCUCCUGGGCUCGGAGAACGGCGCCAUUAGGCUGUUAGCGUAAAUCAAUAGCUCCCAGCUACGUUACAUACUCUCCCCACGGACCCUCAAAUAAUAAGUGUCUUAUAUGUGAAGACACCAGAUGUCUGAGCUCUCUCCGUCUCUCUCCCUUCUGUGCUUGAGGUCAAUUGUAUACUGGUAGGGAAAGGUGGUCACUUCCUUUAAGUUGUUUUCUGAAAGAGGCAGCACAAGUAGACGCCUCGUCUGAGGAGUCCCACCAGUCUGGCUGCUGGCACUGAAACGUACGGACAGGAAACGUGUGCCACACUUUUUGACGAAUUAUCAUGCACAUUGAAUUUAAAUUAAAGUUUGUUUGUUUUUUUUAAAAAAAAAGAACUUAUAGAUGUAUAUUAUAUAUUGGUAAAACUCUCGUCUUGACAAGUUCGUUCAUUCUUUUGACUGGGACGGUCGUUCUGUUCAAAAGAAUGAAUUGGAAGACAUGCUCAGGAAGGGUUAUGUAGUGUUUACACUUUUCCAAAUAGAUGCAUAACAAAAACCAAAAAUACAUUGACCUCACCUUCCAUUUCUCAUAACGAUAGCAUACAUGCGUAUCCAAAUGCACUGAUUAAACUAUGCAGUAUUUGUAGACCGAAUCGUUUUGUUUGUAUUAGUGUUGACUCUGUGUUCCAUGAGAGUUGUGUCACAGUGAUUGCAGUGUGUGCAUCCUGAACAAUAAUCGUACACUCGCUGUUGUGACCGCCGUCUCUGUGUACCUUCUCGGAGAGAGGAGACACCGGAAGUCGUUGUCACGCACAAAAGCUAGUUACUGAUGCACACAGCCUUUAAUCUACUGCACAAUUACGGCCUGAAUUGUAACAUUUAGAUUCUCACUCACAUUUUAAAGUCUGAAUGUUUUUAUCUACUAAUAAAUUACUUGAAGUUGCUUCGGGGAUUUUUCUAAACCGGGUUUAGGUUUUCUUGAUUUAGCUCCCGUGGCAACAUUAGCACUGGGAGGUUAUCUCGGCAGAUGCCGCUUUGACUGUGUGUGCCGGACCCGCCACUUUCCGAUUUUCUGACUUCAAAAGCUAACAUAGGACCAGUCAAUGCCAAGAUAAACAGUUUUUUUUUUUUUUUUUGUAUUUUAUCCUUUCUAUGUAACUGCAUAUGAACGUGUUGAAAAAAAUGCCAACAAAUGUUAGAAAUAAAUAAAAAUGUGGUUUAACCUGCUCCUACUCAACAGGAGAAUUUUUCUUUCUUUUUUUUUUUUGUUCCUUGCAAUUUUCAAAGAACUCACACUGAAGCGUUUUCAGGGGGAUUCAACAAUCAAAGUUCUUCUCUGACUUUAGGACCAUAAUGGUGUAAAACACAGUGCUUAUUGUUCUAUUUAUUUCCGAGUAUUUUACACUUCUGCAAAACAUGUGAGGCAAUCGUAAAAUACCCGGCUUUGUUUUUUUGUUUUUAAAAUAAAGUCUCAUUGAUAAUUGAUUACAGCUGACAUCUGAUCUCUCUCAACAUUUUUUAGAGACUUCAGUUAAAGCGCUUAUUUGCCAAGUGGCUUAAUAAAAAAAGGAUGUGUUCCUCCA